AUGAGGAUAUACCUCUAUCUACUACUAUUUUAUAGUUUAACAAUAUUUAUUAAUGGAUUCGAACAACGAUCGGAUUGUGUUGAAACAUGCUCGCAUUUGGAUACAAGUCAAGAAUUCGGAGACUGUUUGAAAAGAUGUUCCAGAAAACCAAGAAGAGAUAAUUUGGGGGAUUCAAAUUUAUUUGCAUUCCCUCCAACUGAUGUUGAUAUUCAAACCAAAGUUAUCAUGGAUGGUGGAAAAAUACUGGAGACAACGAUAAGUUGGAAAGCUGAAGAUAAUGACCGCCGUCGGGAAGGCUUCUACAUCCGAUACACUGCAGUCAACUCAUCGUGCCAAAAACAUUUUCCCGGAUAUUUCACAUCUUCAAUCUUACCGGAUGAAAGAUCUCUUACCAUUCCAGCUGCAUUCAAUGGUCAUGCUCUUGUCAUCGAUCAUUCGUGCUCUUAUAAUCUUCAAAUUCGAGCUAAACCGUAUCCGCCGGGAGAUGAUAAAUAUAUUAUUGAGAAGAGGCAUACUGUACCAGACUGUAUUGAUAAAUUUUGUAGUUGUCGUCCUGGCGACGUUCCAGCGAUUCGCGAUGUUUCAGUGGAUUCUGAAUAUCGUUUGAAUUGGAAAUUUGAAGACGUUUCGGAAAAGGAUUAUCAGUUUUAUGUCGACAUUUAUGAGAAAAUUGCGAUGCCGCUAAUCAAAAAGAAAGGAUCAGAAGCGGACGUUGAGGAGUACACAUUCAGAAUAGCUAACGCCGAAUCUUAUGAGAUUUCUGCUAAAUCAUCAAAAAUCUUUCCAAAUACCUAUCAAUAUCAGCUUCCCUUUCAAUUUGCUCCAUUCCAACAAUACAAACUUUCAAUAUUCGCAGUCGAUGACAGUUUCUGUCAUAAUGAAGACGUCUUCCAUAUAUUCAAUUCCACCAACGUCACAUCACCCUCCUCCACUUCAUCUAUUGAAUUCAAGACAUUGAGUGUUCCAGAACCUUCCGGAUCAGCAAUCACAAAAACAAAUCAGAUUAUGGAUUCCUCCGCUCUAUUUAUAUUUCUAAUCGUUUUGGCCUGUAUGUCACCGAUAUGCUCUGUAUUAGCAUGGCUCGUGUUGAGAAGAAGAAGUAAAGAGAAGAAAAAACGAAACAAUUUCCUACGUCGUCGUUCACUUUCCAUGUCUCGACACAGUAUUAUUGAAACAAAUAUCCUGUAUAGACCACCAAAUGAAGUAAUUGGAGCAGUAUCUGAAGAUUGGCUUAUUCGGGGACAGGAUAUUGUGGUUGGAACUGUUAUCGGAGAAGGAGCAUUUGGACAAGUAUUCAAAGGAAUCCUCCGUGCUCCGAACGGUCAAGUGGUUCCUGUUGCCGUGAAACAAUUGAAAGCGAAUGCAAUCGAUGAAGAACGAGAAGAAUUUAUCAGAGAAAUCCGGAUGAUGCAGACGGUUGGACGUCACGAAAACAUUGUGGCAAUGUAUGGAUACUGUAUGUGUAACGACAUGCAAUGCAUGAUAAUGGAAUAUGUUCCGUAUGGAGAUUUGAAACAUUAUUUGCAAAAUAUGCGGAAAGAUAGAGAAACCGAAAAUUCGAUAGAUAAAAAAGAGUUUCUGUCAUUUGCUAGCCAAAUAGCAUGUGGAAUGGCUCAUUUGGAAUCAGUAGGAACCAUUCAUAGAGAUUUAGCUGCCAGAAAUAUUCUCGUUGGAACUGGAAAAGUUUUAAAAAUCUCAGAUUUCGGAAUGUCUAGACCGGGAGUUUACAUCAAAAUGAGUAAAGGAGUAAUUCCACUUCGUUGGUUGUCUCCAGAAGCAAUCAAAGAUAGUACAUAUUCAAGUAAAAGUGAUGUUUGGGCGUUCGGAGUGCUACUUUGGGAGAUUGCUACUCUCGGAGGAUUCCCAUAUAACAAUAUAGCUGACAAGGAUCUACUUGUUCAGUUAACAGAUGGAAUGCGCUUAGAGCAGCCUUCUAAAUGUUCGGAAGAAAUGUAUGUUAUGAUGAAGUCAUGCUGGAAUCUAAAACCAGAAGAACGCCCUUCAUUCCUCUCAAUUCAUGAAAAACUGGAACGAAUCGCGGCAGCAGAAUCCGAUCCUCCACCGUCGGAUCCAGCUACAACAAACAACUGCAACCAAUUUUGA